AAGAGGACCUACAAGAUACUGGAGGCAUUGCCAUUGUCAAGUUAAGGUUGUUUUUUCCUCUAGCAAGGCAUUACUGUUGAGACAAUUGGGAGUUUCCUUCCAGAAGUUAGGUUAUUGAUAAGAAUGCUUUUCUCCUGUAAAUCACUAAGACAUUUGUAAAUUGAGGGAGACUCAUGUCUUGUAGGACUUUAAUCUCUAUAAAUAAACCAUUUGUUUUUCCUUCCCUUAGCUUUAGAGCGUCCAGGAGUGCUUGAGGAAUGUUACACGUAGCCCACCUGGCGGUUGGGGGUGGGGGUUGCCGGCGUGUCAGCUUGUGGUUUGUCCUCAGCUUGCCUUCUGUUCCUUCAUCAGUUACCAGGAAGAAAUUUUGCCAAAUCAUAUUAAAAUAGGGCUGCCAUUAAGGAAAAUACACAUUGCCUGUUAAAUACAAAGGGAUUGUCUUCACUAUUCAUUAAGUGUUGUAAGAUUCUAAGAACUUUUACAACAAAAAGCCAGAAAUCCAAGUUGUUCACAUGUAUAAUCCUUUAUCUUUCACAAAAUUAUAAAUGAUCUCAGGACAAACUGCGUUUAUUUUUUCUGCUUUUCUCCAGUUAUACAAUAAAACAAAACAGCUAGGCUCUUACUGAUUACUCAGAAUUCUGAAAACUCCCAUUGCUACUACUUAUAUACACUGCUCUCCACGGUGGGACUCAUUUCACUUGUUGAUCAGGGCCUUCGGGAGCAUGGGUGUUGGUUCUGCAGAUAUCUGUAUGUCGUUUCAGGGGUCAGUGACAUUCAGAGAUGUGGCCAUUGACUUCUCCCAGGAGGAGUGGGAAUGGCUCCAGCCUGCUCAGAGGGAUUUGUACAGACAUGUAAUGUUGGAGAACUAUGGCCACUUGGUCUCACUGGGUAAGCUGUUGAGUUUGUUUGUUUUAUCUCUCAUUGAAAAAGCGAGGAGUGGCUUUACUUUAGUCAAUACAGGGAGGAAAAAAAAAUUUGCUUUGUUUUUUUUAUUUUCAGAGUCAAAUGGUGACAUCAAAGAGUUUUCUCCAAAAAAUGUCACAUAUGAAGAUGGCUCAUCCCAGUAUUUGGUAGUGGAAAGAAUUCUAAACCAAGACCCUGAAUAUUCCAGUUUUAAAGGAGGCUGGAAAUGCGAGGAAGAUACUCAUAUGCAAGGAAAUCAGGGAGGUAUCAGGCAAGUGACAGUCUCUCAUCAAGGAGCCCUGUCUCAGCAUAUGAGCAUCAAUACCGUGGAGAGGCCCUAUGGAUGUCAUGAAUGUGGAAAAACUUUCAGUCGGCGCUUUUCCCUUGUGUUACACCAGAGAACUCAUACUGGAGAGAAACCAUACGUAUGUAAGGAAUGUGGUAAAACCUUUAGCCAGAUCUCAAACCUUGUGAAACAUCAGAUGAUACAUACUGGAAAGAAACCCCAUGAGUGUAAGGACUGUAAUAAAACAUUCAGUUACCUCUCAUUCCUUAUUGAACACCAGAGAACACAUACUGGGGAGAAACCUUAUGAAUGUACUGAAUGUGGAAAGGCCUUUAGCCGUGCCUCAAACCUCACGCGCCAUCAGAGAAUUCACAUAGGAAAGAAACAGUAUAUUUGUAGGAAAUGUGGGAAAGCCUUUAGCAGUGGCUCAGAACUUAUUCGCCACCAGAUUACACAUACUGGAGAGAAACCUUAUGAAUGCAUUGAAUGUGGGAAGGCAUUUCGCCGUUCUUCACACCUUACUCGGCAUCAGAGCAUCCAUACUACCAAAACCCCCUAUGAAUGUAAUGAAUGUAGGAAAGCCUUCCGUUGCCACUCAUUCCUUAUUAAACACCAGAGAAUUCAUGCUGGAGAAAAGCUCUAUGAGUGUGAUGAAUGUGGUAAGGUUUUCACAUGGCAUGCAUCCCUUAUGCAACAUAUGAAAAUUCAUACUGGAGAAAAGCCCUAUGCAUGUACUGAAUGUGAUAAAACCUUUAGUCGGAGCUUUUCCCUCAUUCUACAUCAGAUAACUCACACUGGGGAGAAACCCUAUGUAUGCAAGGUGUGCAAUAAGUCCUUCAGCUGGAGCUCAAACCUUGCCAAACAUCAGAGAACACACACCCUAGAGAACCCCUAUGAAUAUGAAAAUUCGUUUAGUUAUCACUCAUUCCUUACUGAGCACAAAGGAAUUCGCACUACAGAGAAAACCUAACAACGUGUGGAUUAAAAAACAAAACAAAACAGUUAAUGCCUUACUUUGGACUCCUGGAAAGAAGCCUUAAGUGAGUAUGUUGAAUGUGAAGAAGGUGGGUCAUACUUGAUUCAAUAUCCGGAAAAUAAUAACCCAGGAAUAUGACGGGAAGCCGUUAGUAGCCGCACAUUCUUUUUGUUACAUCAGAAGAUGAAAUCAGUACUGAGAAGACUUCAUCUGGUAGGAUUCCCUCACUCGACCUUUGUAAAUUCCUACCAGGGAAGGACAUGCGGCCGAUAAACGUGAGAAAGCUUUUAUUUAGAAAUUGGCCCCCGUUCUGCAUCUGUCAGCUCAAACAGGACAGUGUGUGGGCAAGAGUGCACAUUUUCCUGGACAUCAGAAAAUUCAUAAUGAAACAAAGUCAUGCAAAUGCACUGACUUGGCAAUGUCCUUGUGUACCAUGCAAUAUUUAUUAAGUUUGAAAAUACUCUUCUAAAGAGAAAAAGCAACCCUAUAAAUGAACUGAAUAGAGGGUUUUCUGCUUUAUUUCAGAACUGCAGAAUUAUACUGGGGAGAAAACUACUAUUGUAAGGAGUGUGGCAAAAUCUUAAAAGAGUUCUGAGAAGUCCUACUGGAGGGAAUUUGUGGGCGUUUUUUUUUGGGGGGGGUUAUUUUUGUUUUAAAGCAAACUCAGAAAAGAAAGCUACGAAUAAAUGUUUUUAGUUAAUCUGGUA